AUGGACGGCGACUCUCCACAGCAGCAGAACCGUCAGGCAUCCACUCAGGUCGAGGCUGCACCUGCUGCGGCAGUGACCUCCCAGCAGCGACCGUCCACUGCCACCGCCAAGGCCAAGGGCAUGCCCGCGAAGGCACCGAAGAUGUGUGCUGCUGAAGAUUGCCCCAAUGAAGCUUGCAAGAACCAGCGUUGGUGUGUUGAUCACAAGCGGGCUUAUGCAGCCAUGUUUGCCAAUGCUCGGAAGAAUGGGCAGCAGGAAGAGCUGCAAGAAGUCAUGGCUUGUGAGAUUCGAAGCAAAGUGGCGAUGCGUGAAUGGUGCGAGAAGAACCCACCAGCUGGGAAGUGGUCUCGCAAGAGAACGCACGACUUUGCGCAGUACCAGCACAUCGAAGGCACCUUGGAUGAGCAUGGAGAUCUGGGCCAAGAUUGGCCAAUGACGGAAGCCGAGUUUCUGCAUUGGGCAACCGACACCAAGCGACUAACCAGCACCGGGGCGACCAACUGGUGGAAGGAGCUGUCGGCGACCUGCAAGAAGGACUACAUGGGCAGAGAUCCCCAUGGUGCUCUGGGAGCUCAGCGCCUCUGGGUGCCGGCAGCGGAGUUUUAUCAGCGCAAGAAAGCCCGCUUCAACCAGUCGCAGGUGCUGGAGAACAGCCGGCCAAUGAGGAGACUGACCGAGGAGGACCUGGAUGAGCUCAGGGAUUUUGCUUCUACCAGGACGGCUGAUGAGAGCCUUCUACGUGGAGAGGCUCGGCGAGUGGCACCCCGGACACCGCAGCCGGCGCUGCCGCUGCCAUCCGCUGCCAAUGCUGGCGCUGCUGGCACUUCGGCGGCAGAGCAAAACUCGAGCCCGCAGAAGGAGAAGAUUGUGGACUUGGCCCUCGAGAAGCCGAAGCUUAUCAACAAGCAGAAAGCCGAGCUUCGAGCAUUGGAGACUGCUUUGCGAGAGGCAGCCAGGAAGGGCAUGGAACAGUUUGUCGCCAGCAAAGACCCGUCCGAUCCGUCUUUGCAGGCAUUGAUGCCUCACCUGGAGUUCCGGUUGCGUUGCUCGGCGGCUGUAUUCGAAUACACGGAUGUUGACUUCCUGAAGGAUGUCGUCUUUGCAAAAGCCCAUGACAACAUUGAUGACCUCCUGAAGAACCACCCGGGGAUGCUGCCGGUUCAGGAGGAGCAUGUGAAGCACCUCCAGUCCUUCUCUCAGCUCCAGGACGGCAUUGACAAGGGCAUAGGAGCGGCCACAACUGUGGCACAGUUGGAGGAAGCCAAGGAGGCAUGGGGUGCCAAGAAGCUGGCAAUGAAAUCCUUGGAGAAGGGUGUCAACCAGGCAAGCAAGGAUGCCAAGGCCCGAAAGGCCCAGCAGGAGAAGGAAGCGCAACGGAAGGCCCAGGCCGAGCAAAAGAAGAAGGAUCGCGAGCAAGUGGAUGCAUUCAAGGAGCAGAGCGACCAACGUGCGAAGGCAUUGCUGGCGGGGAAGAAGGGCGGCAUCAGCAAGAAGGGCUAUGUCGGCUAUGUGGCUUGCCAGUUCAUGUUGGACAAGAUGUCGCAGAAUGCUUUGCCAGAGGGCUUCAGCCUCCAGUCCUUCACGGAAGUCGAGAUUGGGAAGCUGCCCAGCAUGUCUGGGCCAUGGGUGCUGAAAGGUGCCGCUGCUGUGGACAAAUGGUCUACGAAUCCCAUUGUUUCCAAGACAACGCAAUCCUAUGCAGUGAAGUACAAGGCCUUCCCCGACUACCUCAACCGUGGCAGAGUCUCGGCAGCCUUCGAGGCCAAGCAUGGGCACGAGAACACGGUCGACAUGUUCUCCGGCAUGAUCCCCCCUGUGAAGAACAUGGAGGCUUUCCCUGCAAGCCAAACGUUUCAGAACACGACCUGGCUCGCAGGAUACGCCCCCGAGAUGCGGUUCGUUGGUUUGCAAGCCAAUGGCGCUUUGACAUUGAAAACCAUGGCCAUGGGUGAAGUCCUUCAUGUGAGUCUCUCCAGCACAGAUGUGCUCAAGGGGCUCAAGGAGCUUGGCAUGCUGAAGCCUGAUUCCAAGUUUGCUGAUGUCGAUGCCUUCUGCAGCUUGCUGGAGGACUUGGACAUGGAUGCCUUCGUAAAGAUGCACAAGGCCGGCAUCAAGCUGUUCAUCCACAAGGCCAUCCCAGGACAGGUCAUCGGCAUUCCAAUGGGAUGGUUUUGCUUCAAGCUGGCUGUUGACGGUGCCGUGCUUGUUGCUGCUCGUCAAGGCUUUUUCCUUGUCGACACGACGAAGGAGGACCUGAAGCAGUACGAAGCCAUGCGAGACAUGUUGAUCAUGUGUGGCAAGGCCGGCGAGAAGUACGACCAAAUCAUUGACAUGCUGUCCAAGAAGGAAGGUGACGGCAGCGGUGAGUGA